AUCGAGGGUGUCGUAAGUGGACCACAAGCACGUUUUUCUUCGGUCGAGCCGCGAGAAUCGUGGCUGUUCGCAUCUUCUGUCCGAGACACUUUUAAGUAAAUCACGAGUAGGGUCCGCGUGGCCCGCAAAAAGCCGCAAUCAUUGAGUCUGAAGAAUCGACGGUGAUAAUGGGCGUCCAGGUGGAGGAGUCCAAGAUCGGCGCCAUGAUCGAGAAGGCCAAGUUUUACACUUCCGUCUGUCUGGGCACCACGGCGAUCGUCGCGGUCUUCGCCUUCCUAUUUCUGAUCCCGUUCGUCGUCGAGCCGGCGAUAACCACCAUUCUGGCGGAUUUCUCGCCGCAUGCGGUCGCCUGCGUCACGACGGAGCACGUGUAUGCGGAGGGAUUGAAGAACUGUUCGUGGGCAAGCUGCAGGGAAGGUUGUACCAGCGCCGCACUUCGUUGUCAUCAAAUCAAAGUCAACUACACCAGGCUCCCGUACGAGGAGUUCAUGGCGAAGCCGUUGGGUUCAGUGCCAUGGGACGUCGCCGACACCAAAUUCUUCGUGAACACAGAAGGAUGCGGUUAUCCGCCCACAGUCAACUGUUCUGUUUUCGCGAAGAAAUACGCCUACGAGAAUUUGGGGAAGAUAUUUCCCUGUUACUACAGUAGAACGCAUCCGGAGACAGUUGUCGCAAGAUAUUCGUGGGAUGAGAAUCUGAGGCAUUUGGUGUUGGCUAUAAUCGUGCCCGUAGCGCUGUUCGUCGCGACGCUCGGCGUGCUGUGCUACUGGUAUUGCCCGCCGGUGAGCAAGACCUGCUCCGGAUCGAGUCGCAAUCUCAUGGACAAGUAUGCUAGAAAGGAAGACAUCUUGGCAGAAGACGAGUUCGAGGAAGACGAAGAGGAAUACUGACUGCUACCAAGGGCUCACCCCCCGGCACGGGAGUGAUCCCAAAACAAUCUCCGAAUGGCUCCAGCGUACUUUACUUUCUAAAUUUAAGCGAUCGAGCAAUAGCGCUUAGGAAAAAUUCAGGAAAUGCUGCAGGAAAACGGAUAUAUCGUUAUCGCUUUUUAUCGGAUUUGCUCAGACGAAGCCUUACAAUUAUGCUACAUCCGAGUUUUUUGUCCUCUAAAUCUGAUUCGCGCUUUCAAUAAAUGGAACAUACGCCUAGAUUUAUAUACUAGCGACGUAAAAAAAAAUUUUUCUCUCUUUAUCUCGUCUAUUCGAUAUUUUAAUUACACUCCCGAGAUUAGCUACGUGCACUUAUUCGAAAGAAAUGUAACGUCAGAUUUAUUGGACGGAUCAGCAAUCCGAAGAAUUUGCUUGCGCGAAGAAUAUACCUUAAAUUUACGAUGUAAAGUGAGCCGUAUGAAUAUGAGAACUCGGACUUUUCCGUUUAUCGAUCAGUAUUCCAUGCGAAUUUCGAGAGAAUGUGAUUCGAAACAUGCGGUAAUGCCAGAACAUAAUAUUAUGCAUUAACGAAACGCUAUGCGGCACAUUAAUAACACAAAUUAAUUCAAUUAAUACAUUGGAUGCUAAUACGAUACGUUGACGCUCGCUGAAUAAUUAUUCACUAGCGUAGUUGCACAUUCUAAAAUCUUGUAUAGAGAUUAAUUACGGAAGUGAGUAAUUUGAAAUGAAGCAAUUAUACGAAAUAAUAAUUACGAUGGACUUCCGUGUGUUUCGAGCUCAAUCGUGAUAAAGGCGCGCCUUCCUACUUACGUGAUAAAAGUUUAAGCAGUAAUGAUAUAUAGUUUUUAAACGGCACAGAUUAGGUUUUGCAGCAGCAUCGGGUUUAGAUUAAGCUACGUAGCCGUGACUUUAUGUCACAUAAGCUGCCCCUCGUGACGAUAAGUCGAUAGUCAAGUAUCGAUGAAAGCAGGACGAGCCCGUUGCUCGACGCUACACGGAAGGAACAAUUUUGCUGAAUUCAGAUCUGAAAAUAAUUUUUGUUCAAUAAUCAAAAUAAUUUUG